AUGGAGCACGAUGAGCAGGCAAAACUCGACUUGCAGACCAGCAGGGGCGACGCCGACGAUACCAAAGAAGAACCAAAUUCUACAGUUGAGGAGCAACCAAGUGGCGGCUCCGAGUCGCGAGAAUUGAGCGAGUUAUCGCCGUCCAAAGCUGCCCAUGAGCUGGUGCGCAAGGCCAUGCUGGCCUGCUUCGUCGCGGACAAGGACUGCUCCCCAACUGAAAGGGAGCGAUUAGUCCGAGACGUGCAGAAGCUCUCCAGGACGUUCGCCAAGCGGCUGCUGCUCCCUCCAGAGGAGAACGCAGCAGCGGAUGAAGGGGAGGAGGACAGUCAGUCGCAGUACGUUCUACCGCGGGGGCGGGUAAUACCCCCCUCUGCCUACUUCUCCUUCCGAGAUAACGGGAGGAUGCACCUCCCUAUAGUGGACUGGAGCGCGUUCCGAGGCUACUCAGUGGCGGUGUGGAUCAAUGUGGACUUUUGUCUCGCCAAGGCGAAGAAAGAGAGCGCGGCGGUGGAGGGUGUGGCGCAGGAAGAUUUAUACGCUAAGUUCAAUCUCUUCAGGUUCACGAACGGCUCUAAUACGCUCGGGGUGGAGGCGUCGCUGGAGUAUACAGAGGACUCGAGUGGGGGAGGGCAUGGGGUGCUGCUUAAUGUGAGUUGUUGCGCUCCGGGGAGCACUGGGGACGCCAAGAAGUCGGCGUCCAUUGCAGCGCCUUCGUCGAACUCGCCGGAGUGGAGGAGGAUUCAGCAGGAGAUUGAUCUGGCGCCCGGUGAGUGGCAUCUGCUCGUGAUAUCGCACUCGCUGCACUACGUCAAGAAGAGCAAAGUGACGUGCCACGUAGACAACAAGCUGCAGUUCAAGGAAGAGCUUGUGUACCCGUCUGGACUGGUGACAGCGUCCAAAUGCACGGUUGGAGGUGGUCGCAACGCUAAGGCCAAAAUUGCCAGUGUAGCCAUGUACCAGGAAGAGCUCCCACGCGGGACGAUAGACUUGAUGUAUGCGCUGGGGCCCAUGGCGUCUUCGUUUAAUCGGUGGUCUGCGGCAUUACCAGCUCAGUCUAGCCGGAUGGUUGCUGGCACCCACGAGCGUGCGCUGGGGCCGUCCCCUUUGUCGAUUCCGGAGAACGAGUCGUUUGCGGCGUUCUGCAAGCUACAGGUCGUGUUCGCUUUCAAUGCACAGAACACUGUCAACGAGGACUAUGCUGAUCUUGGGGUGGAAUGGUUGUGUGAAGGGACGACGCCUACGACUAACGGGAAAUGGCUGGUGUUGGAGAAUACGGUGGGGGCGUCUGCUGAGAUCCAGCAACGAAACGCUAGGCUUGGCAAAAGCACGCAGAAAAUGAUCUUCCCCGACUACCACGCGGCAUGGUAUCGCUCAGUUGGUGUCUCCUCGUUGCCGGUACUGCUGGACUACAUUUUGACGGCCUACGAGAGAGUUUUAAAGAAGCAGACGGCUGAUACGUCGACUGAAAGUGACCGUCAAGCACAAGAAGGAGAGAGGCCUCUCUCGGCAGUCAUGGAAAGCGUAGUGGUGGAUUUACUGUGGAUCUUGAAUGGUAUGCUGCAGAGUAACGUGGCCAACCAGCAAGAAGUGCUCCAGAACUACGUGUUCCACAUGCUGUCGCACGUCAUGGUGCAACACAAAAACUGUCUUUCCGUGAUAUGGACGCCUGGAAGUCUCGUCGUUUGCGUUGAAAUGGUGAAGAGUUUGUUCGGGAUGAUGCCGCCGCCGAAGAAAAGCCUCGAGUUUGGCGACAACCACCCUUUCCACAUGUCUGUAUGGGCGACAAACCCACUAUUUGCCUCUGGAGUAAGAGCCAUUCUCAUGGAUCAUCGUCUGUGGACGCAAGCGGAUUACAAGACGCAGUCUAUCUACAAUCACCAAAUGUACGGCCUCGCUUGCGAAUACCCACGAGCGUUCAACAACAUGCAGGCGGUUCCAAAGGUGCUGGAGAUUCUCGGUAACUUUUACUCGCGAUUAACGGAGCCCGAUGACAAGGACCACCACUGGAAGCAGCAAAGUAUCCAGAGUCUGGUAGAGGUUAUCGAGGUCUGUCUGACGAAUCAGAGCACACAAGUACACGAAGUGCUGGAGCAGGAGGUGAUGGAGACCACGUUUGCGCGAGCGAGUAUCACUGCAGGGACUGGUGGCGGCUCUACCACAAGCGGAUCGGGGCCGUCGCCGUCUCCUGCCACCCCGUCGUCGUCUUCGACAUCGCCUUCGAUGGUGGUGCCUGGCCGGAAAGGAGGCGUGUUUAGUAUCAAUCUGGAGAGUAUUGUGUGGAGCGACCAAGCGUCUGGAGCAGCUUCGUCUGGAAACCCGGACGCCAGCGCCGCUGAGGAGAAGAGCGCCUCCCCCAAGAAGAGCGUGCUGCAUUCAGUCCAAGUCCGGUUCUCACUCGUCCGUGACAUUCGCGCUGUGAUUCGCUUCUUGAUGACUUGCAAGGAUUCUGCUGUUUGUACCUCGAUACUUCUUCUGUUGCGGCGACUCGCGGUGUCCUUCCUGGACAUGCGUUUUGCUCUAGUAAGUUCCAGUAUUAUGGAUUGUCUGCUGUAUCUCAUGCAUGAUCGGCGCAGUGAUGCAGAAAGCAACGGUGCAAAUACCAGCAAAGAGGAUGGAGACGACUCGCACGUCUCGAUCCACGUCCGAAUGGCUUGCGUCCCUUUGUUCAUUUAUCUGCUGGAUUGGCUCGAGUCUAUCGAAGGCCGCACAGUUUGGUGCGGUCUAGAGGAACAUUUGCGGUUAGUCCUGAACGGUCAAGGCAGUUUUUCGGUCGGGUUUCUGGAGCUUAUGAUGGAGUUCUACUUCGACCCGGCGUGGCUACUGGGUGUCCAGCACAGCAUCAUUAUGAACGACCCUUCUAAGAAGGACUCGCUGCUGUUCCCAAUUGCGCCUGCAGCGGCGAAUAAAUCGGCUGUCGCGCAUGAUAAUGGAUUUGAAGAUGGUAUUGCCGUUGCUUCGUCGUCGCUCACUACUCCAGGAGAAAUAAGCGCCGGGAUCGGCGGUUUGGUUGAGUGGAUUAAGAUGGCAAACCAGUUCGUGGGCAAGCGUCUGCAGUUGACGUGGGAAAAGCGGGCUGCUGUGAUCAGGCUGACAGCGCUACGAAGCCUGUCUAACGUUGGCGCGGAGGUUCGGAAUGGCGCUGAUAACAACUCGGCGUUUGUUGCAGAUAUGUUUGAUGAAGGGGUUAGUGGGAUACUGAGUCUGCCUCUGAAGGGGAUUUUGCCGUUUCUGCCGAUUUUAUUGGGGAAAAGCACUCCACACUUUCGGGAGAAGGUUCUCAUGGAUAUCAAUGUGAAGCUGAAGACCGACGAAGACCUUCAGCAGCAGCUACUCUUGAUGAAAAAGGGCUGGGCGGAUGCGCUUCUGGAGUUAUCGUUAACCUGCUCCGUUGGAAUCGAGCUUGUUAACGCUGCUGGGAGUGAAGAUGGUAGCACUAACGCCAGUGAUGAGAACUGCGGUCGGGCUUAUAGCUUCGAAGCUAGCAAGACGGGGGAAGAUCUUGUUCUGGAUACGAUCGUGUCGCUGCUUUGUCUGGCGAUGAGCAACUCGCAUGGGUGGCGAUCAUUUACUCACUUGCUGUUGGCCUUAAAGGGAAUGCAGGUGAAGUACGAGCUUACAGAUGGGACCGCAAGUUCUCCUGCUUUAUCCUGGCUCCCUCCAUUGGCUCAAGUGGUUCCGCACGUCAACCGGUCUGAGUUAUUCCGUGAGCCUUUGAACUGGAUUUGUCGAGUGGUCGGUAUUGUCUUGCAGCGGAUGGCGAGGAGCCGAACGAUUUUGUCCCGAACACUAGCGGAAAAUGUGCAGCGUUUGAUGUUCCUGGUUCACGAAACGCUACUGGCCGUGCCGCUAAGAUCUUCAGCAAGUGACGAUACGGAAGCCUCUACGAAUGGUGUAUCAGACAAGUAUUCGUGGUCCGACGCCCAACUUUUCCUAUUGAAUGCCGUGUUGGAUAUCUGCGCUCGAUUAGUCGAGAGCACGCACAAAAUGCAUCGCGUGGGUCUCUUUCCUGGUCUGCAAAUACUGCAGAACGCGCUGUCUUACGUCACUGGUACCAAUAUGAUGGAACGCAUGGUGAAGGUAUUAGUGCAGAGUUUCCAGCAAGAACUGACCGCUGGGUCUGCACUCCGUGUUUACGAGUCCGUGCCUACGCGCGACGUGUUCCUCCGUGCGCUGGUUGAUCUUCGGCGCGCGCUGGUUGUACACAAGAAGGAAGAACUGCUGGUGUUGCUGAGGGGUUUGACUCUUCGGAUAUGCACGUCCGGCUCCUUUAACGAAGAUUUGGGCGUCGCGGGUCUAUCGGUGCAUGAGCUUGGAGAGAUUACUGAGCAACAAGCAGUGGAAGUCGUCUUAGACGCACUAGCGCUGUCUAUUAACGAUACGGAAUUGCAUGAGCGAGAGGAGGUGGAAGAUAUGGUGCCGUAUUUCCCGAUAGCUAAGGAGCUGCAGAAGUCACAGCAAACAUCCACUGAUGUUCCUGAAGAACCGGUGUCAGCAGAGAAGAAGUACGCCAAUGUGGAUUAUGCCGACGACAGCGAGAGGGUGCUCUGGGCAGCGCUAGAAGUGGAAGAGAACCGAAUGCUGGCGACGUUGCGGGAUGUGACGACUCGCGAGAAGCAGCGUGCGAUGACUGAACUAUCGGCCCAGCGCGAACAGAAGCAGCAGUGGACUCAGAAAUUGUGGUUGAAACACGAGUUUACCUUCCGCUCGCAGAACCAGUAUGACUCAUUGCGACGUGCUGCACCAGACACAUUGACAACAUUGCAGAAAACGCUCAUGUGGAGAUUGGGGCUCUACGAAACUCCGUUCCCGGCUCGGAUGCGACGGACAGUCGAUGUGGAUUUGCAACACUCCUCAGCAUUAUCUCUGCCGUUGGAAAUGCUUCAUAGCUUCGAAGGAGACACCGAAGGUAGCGAAACGAGUUCGACUAAUGGGGAGAAUUUGCUGGAGCGGGUUGGUCGGGUGGUAGCACAGCAGCGUGGUGGUGAAAUUAGAGAUAUUACGUCCGACGAUGCACUUCCAGCGUCCGAGCUGGCGGAUACCUACGUACCGAGUGCAGACAACGGUGAUAAGGAUCCUCUGGAAGAAUACAAAGGGGACCCCUCAACAGCAAACGCGGGGGUGGAUGAUGGCAAGCAAGCGGCAUCUACGACAACCUCCACCGCGUCAAAGGGAUCCGCUCUGUUGGGUCAGGGCGAAAAGGGGCUGGAUCCUAGUGCUGGCAUCGCAGUAGCACCGGAUGACCAAGUGUAUGCCUGCGUAACGUGCCGGCGCGUGGUACCCGAGGGUGUUGUGCUAGGCCGUUUGUCCCUGUGCGGUAAGCAUAUCGCCUUCGAGCCCCAGCAGGAGCUGCCCCAGAACGCACAAACCCCUGGAGGAGGUAUCGCCCCAGGUACGACUGAUUUCGAUGAUGGAACUCUUCCUGCGCCCUCGACUAUAAGUGCGGACGAAGCUGCUCCAGGUCUUCACCGGUGCUGGCGUUGGAAAUACUCGCAUCUGGUGGGCGUUUAUCUCCGCCGCUAUCGACUACGCGACUCGGCGAUCGAGAUUUUCCUCCGCAAUGGCAGCACGCACUUCUUGGACUUCCCGCUGACGACCAAGCAACGGCGCAAUGAGUUUGUGCGGGUGUUAUACUCCUUCCUCCCUCGAAGCACCCCCAAGCAGUGGCCUGGGCGUGUGAUUCCACACUUAGCAGCGACUACCAAGGCGUGGCAAAACCGGCAGAUCAGCAACUUCGACUACUUGAUGGCGCUGAAUACGUUUGCUGGACGCAGUUUCAACGAUCUGACCCAGUACCCGGUAUUCCCGUGGGUGCUCUCGAACUAUGAAGACUCUACGCUGGACCUGAGCGACCCUCACAACUUCCGUGAUCUCUCGAAGCCUACUUGGCGAAUGUGCAACUCGCAGAUGUCCGAGGUCAAGGAGCUAACGCCCGAGUUUUUCGCUAGUGACGGGACCUUCCUGCGGAACAGGAACGGUUACGUGCUUGGCAAACGCCACGACCAGCAAGCGGUGGGAGAUGUGCAGCUACCCAAGUGGGCGAGUACUCCCGAGGAGUUUGUACGUAUUCACCGCGCUGCGCUUGAGAGCGAGCACGUUUCUCGCCAUCUGCACCAGUGGAUCGACCUCAUUUUUGGUUUCAAGCAACGCGGGCGAGCGUCACUGCAGGCGAACAAUGUGUUCUACUACCUGACGUACUACGGCGUCGUGGAUUUGGACAAGGUGGAGGACCCCUUCUUGAGGGAGUCCAUGGAGCUGCAAAUCGCCCACUUUGGCCAGUGCCCCAUGCAGCUCUUCGCCACUCCUCACCCCAAGCGUCAUGCUGCAUUCGCGCGCAGUGCUGUUGGGAAGACAGCUCCUCCUCCAGCGAUGAAUAACAAGCCCAUCUCAGGACGAGCAAGCCCACCGCUCAGUGGAGGAUUCCCAGGCAAAGAGGGAGGCUCUAACGGACCAGCGAGCAAUAUUCCUCGACCGCUCUCGCUGGCAUUUCAAGACUGCUCGCCUAUUGCUCAGGAGAAGCGUCGGAACUGGAGUCCUGUUGCUACCGUGAAACCCAUCGCUCAGAGCGGUAUCCGGCUGCUGAAGAUCCUUCCCGACCGUGUCGUCAGCGUCAACGACCUGGGCGUGAUCGAGGUCUACUAUUGGAAGUUGUUGCCGAAACCUGCUCCUCCAUUACCGUCAGGGAGUUUCUCUUCAAUUACGGACUCGCAGCGAGGGAGCGAGGUGGAGAAGCUGUUAGGUGACGUGCCGGCCGCUGAGGAAGAAGGUGAAGCUGAUGCAGUGAACGACUGUCCAUGGCUACUGGAGAUUGCGCGCGAUGACUCCCCGUUCGACUACGUGCCGCGGAUACCUGUCUUCGACCACGUUCAUCACGACGAGGAGAGUGUCCAUCAACACAAGCGGCAUCGAGGAUUCCCAGUGGUUAUCUCGCGUAAUGGACGCGUGCUUGCAUCAGGCGGAGCGCGUAGUGGCGCUUUACACUUCCGACUGCUGGACUUGGACAACGGUCACGUGAUUGGCAAGGCCAGCGUCGUGGGACACAGCGCCGCAGUGACGUGUCUGAGCUUGGAUCGCUGGAGCUACCACAGCCACAGCCAGGUGGUUGUCUCGACGUCGCAAGAAGAUGAAGAGCUGCUGGUGUCUGGAUCGCAAGACGGCACGCUCGCGCUCUGGCGUCUAUCAAGACUCAAGCCUGAUAUGCUGUUCCGCCUGCCUCGCGUCUCGCCUCGCCCUAUCCAGAUCCUUCGUGGCCAUGCGACUCCUCUCGUCGACUGCUGUGUGAGCACGUAUCUGGGUGUCGUUGCGUCAUGCUCACACUCUGUGGGCAUGGCGCACUUCUUGUACGACGAGGGCCAAGUAGCGUUUGUGUUCGAGCCUGCAGAGGAAGGCGGAGAGCUCGUUCGAGUGCGAUUGUCCGUGAAAGGCUACGCCAUCGCCAUCACGAGCAUUUCUCGAAGUGUGACCACCGCCAACGAAGCAGGAGGGGAGGCGGAGACGCGGACGGUGAUCUCCAGCGUCUGCCAGAUCUUCAAUCUCUCGGGUGUGUUGAUCCAGUCACACCACCUCCCGGCCGAGGAGAUCUCGGACGUGCAGGUGUCGGCCGAAGGCGACCUCAUCUUCCUCACACUCUGUCCAGGGGUCGUCCGCAUCUGCCGCAUCGAAGACUUCGUGACGGUGCAGGAGUACGUCUCGCCGUCUUCUGUGGGGUCAAUGAUCUCCGCGACGUGCUUCGGCCCCAAGGAGGCUGUGAUCCUGCUGGCUUCGGGUCACGAGGACGGUACGCUGUCGCUGCAGUUGCUGCCGGACGCGAGCGGAUCUGUAUCGUUCCUGGCCAACGUGCGUCGCCUGCUCGGCGUGUCGUCCAAGCUCAAGCGCGUCAAGGGCACGGUGCAGCACGCGCAGACGCUGGCCAUGUCCACUUUGGACAAUGCCAAGGCGGUCACGAGCACCGCGCGUGACAUCGCCGGCGAGGCGCUGGGAGAGGCCAAGGUCAUGAUGCGCGGCCUCUUCUCGUACCUCCAGAAGGGGUAG